UUCCUGUGUGGGGUUUUUACAUGCUCAUUUUGAUCUGCUCUUCUUGCUCUGCUGUUGUUGUAGCCAAGUUCUGUGGGGACCCUGGUGUGCCUGCCUAUGGCUCCAGAGAGGGCCUCAGCUUCAUCUAUCAGUCAGAGGUGUCGUUCAGCUGUAGCGCCCCCUAUAUCCCGGUGGGCUCCACUACACGCUUGUGCCAGGCCGACGGCUCCUGGAGCGGGUUCCAGCCUCGCUGUAUAGAACCGACCCGUACUACCUGUGAGAACCCAGGGACACCUCGCUACGGUUCUCUGAACAGAACCUAUGGCUUCAAGGUGGGCAGCAUGGUGGCGUUCCAGUGCCAUCUGGGUCACCUGCUCCAGGGCUCCACCACCCGGCUCUGCCAGGCGGACCUUACCUGGAGCGGCUCCCAGCCAGAGUGUAUCCCCCACUCGUGUAAGCAGCCAGAGAGCCCGGCCCAUGUGGAGGUGAUGGGGAUGGACGCCAGGGUUUGGCUACACCCUCCCUCUACUCCUGCCAGGCUGGGUUCUUCCUGUCGCGGGGGCUCGGAACACCGCGUCUGCAGUCCGACGGGUGAAGCUGGGUCCAAACUCUCAGAGAAGCCCAUCAAGCCAGUGGCAGGGACACCCAGUCCCAAGCUGAACGUUCCUGAUGACGUCUUUGCUCCUAACUAUAUAUGGAAGGGUUCAUACAACUACAAGGGAAGAAAACAACCAAUGACUCUGAGUAUCACAAGCUUUAACGCCACCACGGGAAGGGUUAACGUAUCCUUGACCAAUAGCAACAUGGAACUGCUGCUUUCAGGUGUCUAUAAGAGCCAGGAAGCACGGUUGAUGCUGCUCAUGUACCAUGUGAAAACGUCCACUCACACCACGCUGGGCAAGGUCAAGGAGGAGACGUGGUCCAUGGACGGUUUUGUGUCUGCAGAGCCUGAUGGUGCCACCUAUGUCUUUCAAGGCUUCAUACAGGGUAGAGACUAUGGCCAGUUUGGACUGCAGAGGCUAGGUCUGAACAUGUCAGAGAGUAAUAACUCGUCCAAUCCACCUCAUGGUACAAACAGUAGCUCUGUGGCCAUAGCAAUCCUUGUGCCUUUUUUCGCCCUGAUAUUUGCAGGCUUCGGGUUUUAUCUUUACAAACAGCGGACUACUCCUAAAGCCCAGUACACAGGCUGCUCCGUCCACGAGAACAACAACGGCCAGGCGGCCUUCGAGAACCCCAUGUACAACACCAGUGCCAAGUCGGUGGAAGGCAAAGCUGUCCGGUUCGACCCUAACCUGAACACAGUCUGCACAAUGGUAUAAUGAAGUCCGCUUGGCGACUGCAUCAUUUUUUUCUUAUUUUUGUAUCGGGGUAAAAAAGAACAGGAAAAUGCUUUUGCGAAACGAGCGGAUUUAAUUGAGAUUUAGACUGGCGAUAGAGAUGGAAGACAGUCCAGUCUAGGUGUGUUGGCCAUGGUGGCGACAGAGGUACAAGAAACAAAUCCUCUGGUACUUAAAGCACACUCUUCAGGAACUUUGACUGGUCAUGUGUGUCGAGAAGGACACUUAUUGGGAGACUAGACCAACAUCACGUUUUAGAAGACUGAACUGAGAACUGAGAAACAUAAAAACCCAAAUCUUCACAGUGGUCGACGAGUGACUUGGAGAGUUCUGACGUUACCUUAUUAUAUUGCACUCUGCGAGUGUUUCUUCUUCACAGUCGACUGGGUCUUUUUUAUAAAUUGAAAAGGAUCUGUAAAUCUUCUUCUUGCAUAUAUGAGAAGCAUUCACCACCUAUAUUUUUGUGCUAUAUAUUAUCAUGUGGGAGGGGCCAAUGGCAGCAAGAUUAUAUGAAG